UUCUGGAGGAAGGGUGCGAGACUAACCCUGAAUCAUCUGAACCCGCAGAAGCAUCUGCACCAUCAGUUACAGUGGGUUGUGUGUGUAGGAGUGUUUUGCGGUGCAGGACAGUCCGGUUUGGAUGGACUCGAGUACAUCAGAUCAGUGUCAGUGUCUGGAGGCGUCAGUAGGUGGCGCUCAACGCCUCGCAGACAUCACCGGCUCACGAGCGUAUGAGCGCUUCACUGGAAAUCAGAUUGCCAAGAUUUAUCACUCAAAGCCGAAUGAAUUCAGUGAGACGGAGAGAAUCUCGCUGAUCAGCAGCUUCGCUUCAUCUCUGUUCCUGGGCGAUUACGCUGCGAUCGACUACAGCGACGGUUCGGGGAUGAAUCUGAUGGAUAUAUUUGAGAAGCAGUGGUCUCAGGUUUGUCUGGACGCCGCAGCGCCGCAGUUAGCCCAACGCCUCGGUGACCUGACGCCGUCUACAGCCGUUCUGGGUCGUGUGUCUCUGUAUUACACCGAACGCUUUGGGUUUCCAGACAGCUGUGAAGUGGUGGCCUUCACUGGAGACAAUCCUGGAUCUCUGGCUGGUAUGAGGCUACAGGAGGGAGAUCUAGCGGUGAGUUUGGGAACCAGCGAUACGGUUUUCCUGUGGAUCCGGGACCCCAGACCCAGCAUCGAGGGCCACAUCUUCUGUAACCCGGUGGACUGCAGCGCCUACAUGGCUUUGAUAUGCUUUAAAAACGGCUCUUUCACGCGAGAGCGGAUCCGUGAUGAAUGUGCUGGAGGAUCAUGGGAGCGUUUCUCCAGCGCUUUGAGAUCCACACCGAUGGGAAACAAUGGAAAUUUAGGCGUGUAUUUUGACGUGAUGGAGAUCACUCCUCCCGCCGCCGGUGUUCUCAGGUUUAACUCUGAAGGUCGAAGGGUCGCUGCGUUUGAGGACGAGGUGGAAAUCCGAGCUCUGAUUGAAGGACAGUUCCUGGCCAAACGAGUUCAUGCAGAAAAACUGGGCUACAAGAUCAUUGCUGGUACACGAGUGCUGGCCACAGGAGGAGCGUCAUCCAACAAGGACAUUUUACAGGUUCUGUCUGACGUCUUCAACGCUCCGGUUUACACCAUCGACGUGACAAAUUCGGCCUGUCUGGGCUGCGCUUACAGAGCCUUACAUGGUCUGGUGUCAGAAACAGGAGCAUCUUUCACAGAGACGCUCAGAAACGCUCCAGAACCGCAGCUGGCUGUCAGACCCGCUCCGAGAGCGCAAGAGGUUUACGAGCCGCUGAUGCUCAGAUACGCAGCGCUGGAGGAUCAGCUUCUCAAAGAUCUGCUGUGAGACCUCCACAAAAUCAUCUCUUCAUACAAACAAACACAGAUACAAAUCAAUCCUUUCAAUCAGAUUUUAUAAUUAUUAAAAUAUUUUUACAAAACUGUAGUAGUUAUAUAAUAAAUAAAUUAUGCUAUUAACUAUUAAAAUAAAUUGCAAUGAAUACAUUUUUGUAGUAAUGCAAUAACAUAACUAAAAUAUAACUAAAUAGGACUAAAAAUUCCUCUUUUUUUUUAUUUUAUUUUUUUAUUUAUUAUGAUUAAUUUUGUUGAAUCUCAUGAAAACAACAUUUGAAGUUUGAGAUGAUUCCUUUGAAUCAUUGUUAAAUGGUAUUUAAAAGUCAUAUUUUAGGAUUAUUCAAAUAUUAUUAACUAAAAUCACUGUAAUAAAUAAAUAAUAAAUUACAGAUGCCAGACUAAUCAAAUAAUACAUGCCAAUGAUACAUUUUUGUAAUAAUAUAUUAAAUACAAAUUUAAUAUUUAAUUAAAUGUAUGACUAAGAAUAAAAACAAAUAUCUCUAAACAUAAAUAAUAACGCUUAUUAGUACUAUUAAUAUUUUAGUGUUGUCAAACGAUUAAUCACCAUUAAUCGCAUCCAAAAUAAGUUUUUGUUUACAUAAUAAAUGAGUGUGUACUGUGUAUAUAAAUACAAACACAUGUAUAUAUUUCAGAAAAAUUGUUUUGUUUAUAUAUUGAAUAUAUAAUAUAAAAUAUAAUGUAAAUAUUUUCAAAAUGUAUACUGUAUGUGUGUAUAUUUAUAUAUACAUAAUAAAUAAACACAGUACACACAUAUAUAUAUUAUGUAAACACAAACUUUUAUUUUUGAUGCAAUUAGUUUUUUGACAGCACUAUAAUAUUUAUAUUAAUUAAUGCUUAUCAUAAAGUGGUACCAAUUCAUUUUGUUGAAUUUAAUAACAGCAGCGUUUGCGGUAGUAGAUGUGGUUUUCAUAUGAAUCCAGAUGGUUUUGAUGCAUUAGUAAACCUGUCUAAACACGUGAAUCAUGUGAUCAGAUGCACUUAUUCAUGAUAAAGAACCAGACCUGCUGUAAAGACACUCAGUUUCAUAAUAAAGACCUGUUUACACGUGUGUUUGUGUGGAUUUAUGUGUGCACCUGUGUGAACCGUCAGCCUCUUUCUUCAGGUUUGGCCAUUGUUUUGUUUAGGAAAGGUUUAUGUGGUUCAGUAGAUCAGAUAUUGUAGUUGUUUGAUGUUGAUUCCUGCAGCGUGAGCUUCUCUGGAUGAACCUUCGAGAUCCUGAUGUAUUUCAGCUCUCCAGCUCACGCUUGGAGCAUUUUAUUCAUUUUGUAAACAGUUGUGCUGCCGAAUAUUUUUGUGGAAAUGUCAAACAUUUUAUUUUUCAGGAUUCACAGAUGAAUAGAAAGUUCGAAAGAACAGGAUUUAUUUGAAAUGGAAAUCUUUUGUAACAUUAUAAAAGUCUUAACUGUCACUUUUGAUGCGUUUUUAAUGCAUCCCUGAUGAAUAAAAGUAUUGAUUUCUUUAAAACAGUGAC